AUGUCUGAAUUGUUACGCUACAUCGACUACGACCACAAGGCGACCUUCCUGAAGAUGCUCAACCAGCAGCGCAUGGAAGGUGAGCACUGCGACGUGGUGGUGGUGGUGGAGAAUAUCGAGUUCCGGGCUCACCGCUGCGUCUUGGCGGCCUGCAGCAACUACUUCAAGAAGCUGUUCAAGAAGCAGAGCGACGAGGACAACUCCAUCGUAGAGCUGGACUUCAUCCGUUCGGAUAUCUUCGAGGAGGUGCUCAACUACAUGUACACGGCGAGACUGGCCGUGCGCAAGAAGGAUAUCAACAUGAUGAUGUCGUCGGGCCAGAUCCUGGGCAUCAACUUUCUGGACAACCUGUGCUCGCAGAAGCGCGAGCUGACCAACAUGAAGACGCGUGAAAAUCAGGCACCGCCGGGCGACCACGGCCUGCGCGCGCAGGACGCCAUCCUCAAGGAGCUGGCCAUGGAAGAGGUGCGCAAGAACAGCUUUUAUGACACAGCCAUGGACGGCAUGGGUGGCGCCGGCGGCUCUCACGUGCCCCAGCCGCACGGCUACAACACGGGCUUAGCCAAGGACCCGCACGCGCACGGCUGGGGUUCGUCCUCGUCCGGUGAUAUGAAGCUGGAGUACCUGCUGUACGGCCACCGCGACCACGGCUCGCUGCCCGGCGCCGGGCCCAAACCGUUGGAGCACAACGCCAAGAAGGAGCGGCUGCUCACCGCCAACCGGCCCUACGGCUGCGAGCACUGCCCCAAGGCCUUCACCACCGCCGCCCACCUCAAGGAGCACCUGAAGAUCCAUUCGGGCUUUAAGCCGCACCGCUGCGUGGUGUGCGGCAAGGCCUUCAUACGCGGGCCCGACCUCAAGCGCCACGAGCGCGUGCACAGCAACGAGCGGCCCUUCGCCUGCCAGCUUUGCGAGAAGGCCUUCAAGCACAAGUCGCACCUAAAGGACCACGAGCGACAGCACCGCGGCGAGCGGCCGUUCAACUGUGGCUCCUGCGACAAGGCCUUCAUCAAGGCCUCGGACCUCAAGCGCCACUGGAACACCAUGCACAGCGGCAACCCACGCCGCCAGAUGUCGCUCUCGCCCGCCGCCUCGCAGCACGCUGCCGACGACCAGCGGGACUGGAAGCUGGAGGCGGCGGCCGCUGCGGCGGCGCACUCACACGCUGACUGCUGA